AUGGCACCCGUGCCUCGUUUCAGGCUUGUGCGGAGGUGGGCGCUCCCCGUUACCGCUGGUCUCGUCGGCGGCGCCGUCUUCUACAGCUACCGUCCACGCGAAAUCCCAGGCUUCGAGCCUCCGGUGGUCCCACAUCCCAUCUACGGCGCAGACGGAACCUUUAAGCUCCCCCGGUUUCCCCGCGUCAAAUCCAGAGAUGAGCAGAUUGCGAGGCUUAAGAAGAGCGCCGAGUCCAAGGACGAUGAGUACGACAUGCUAAUCAUUGGCGGCGGCGCCACCGGGGCUGGCGUUGCACUUGAUGCUGCCACCCGAGGACUCAAGGUUGCGCUCGUCGAGAGGGAUGAUUUCAGUAGCGGCACGAGCAGCAAGAGUACGAAGCUUGUCCACGGAGGUGUUAGGUACCUUGAAAAGGCCGUGUGGAAUCUAGAUUACGCUCAGUACGAGCUCGUCAAGGAAGCCCUCAAGGAGCGUAAAUACUUUCUGAGGACGGCACCACAUCUAAGUAUGUGGCUGCCCAUCAUGCUGCCCAUAGACAGGUGGUGGAAGGCCCCUUAUUACUGGGUGGGCACGAAACUGUACGAUGUGCUUGCUGGGAGCGAGGGGGUCGAGAGUUCCUAUUUCUUGACCAAGAGCAAGGCGCUCGAGGCCUUUCCGAUGCUGAAGCGAACCGAUCUUUUCGGUGCCCUGGUCUACUACGACGGCGCCCACAACGACUCGCGCAUGAACGUGUCCAUCGCCAUGACGGCAGCGCUCUACGGUGCCACGGUCGUUAACCACAUGGAGGUGACCCAGCUCUUCAAGGACGAGAAUGGCGGGAUAUGCGGUGCGGCUGUAAGCGACCGUAUACCGGAAAGAGACCGGCGCAAGUCCCAGGAUAUCGCCAUCAAGGCUAAGUGCGUCAUCAAUUGCACCGGCCCGUUCUGUGAUUCGAUACGGAAGAUGGAUGAUCCUACGUUAAAGGAUAUCGUCUCGCCAUCCUCUGGAGUUCACGUCAUGCUUCCGGGCUACUUUAGCCCGGCGAACAUGGGCCUCAUCGACCCUUCUACGUCAGACGGACGUGUUAUAUUCUUCCUACCUUGGCAGGGAAACACCAUCGCGGGAACGACUGACGAGGCAUGCGACAUCUCACCGAACCCGCUCCCGGACGAAAAGGCGAUCGAAUGGAUUCUCAAUGAAAUUAGGCAUUACAUCGCCCCUGACAUCAACGUACGCCGGGGAGAUGUCCUUGCCGCUUGGUCUGGCAUCCGGCCACUAGUCAAGGACCCCAAAGCGAAGAAUACCGAGUCGCUCGUCCGAAACCAUCUCAUCGACGUCUCGGCCUCGGGACUGCUUACCUGUGCCGGCGGAAAGUGGACGACGUACCGACAGAUGGCGGAGGAAUGCGUGGAUACGGCCAUUGAGGAAUUCGGACUCCAGACCAAGCCCUUUGAAAACGCGCCAUCUGUGAGCGGAACCGACGUCGUUGACGACGGCGCGAUCCUGGAUGGUACCUGCCAGACCCAUAACGUGCGUCUGGUCGGCGCCCACGGAUUCAGCAAGACGCUCUUCAUCCCCCUGAUCCAGCACUUUGGCGUCGAGACCGAGGUCGCCAAGCAUCUGACGGAAAGCUACGGUGAUCGGGCCUGGGCCGUCGCCGCGCUGUGUCAGCCGACGGAUCGGCGGUUCCCCGCGCGUGGAGAGCGGAUCUCCCAGCUUUAUCCGUUUGUGGAUGGCGAGGUGCGGUAUGCCGUGAAGCACGAGUAUGCGCAGACGGCGGUGGAUGUCUUGGCGAGGCGGACGAGGCUGGCUUUCCUCAGUGCUCAGGCUGCUCUUGAAGCGCUCCCGCGGGUGAUUGAUAUUAUGGCGCAGGAGUUGAACUGGGACAAGAGGCGGCAGGAUCUGGAGUGGAAGGAGACGGUCGCAUUCCUUGAAUCAAUGGGUCUUCCACAGCCCAUGCUUUCAGCGACGCGGAAGCAAGUCGAGCAAGGCAAGCUUGAUUUCGCUAGCUCCCUCGAGUGGAAGAUGUACUCGCGGCACGAUGGGCCCACGGACAUCUAA